GAGGAGAAUUGCUUCCACCAUUACGUCGAAGAGGUCGAGCCGAUGACGCUGUCGGGAUACUCGACAUACUGUGCGCAACAGGCGUACAGCGGGCGGAUGGAGCUACACGAGAUGAAGGAGGACUACUUCCGACGCCUCGCAACCUUUGACAUUGGUACGCCUGGUGUCAAAUACGGUGCUGACCAGGCGAACACGGACCUGUUCAAGUGCACAUCCGUUUUUGAGCUGAACGAUGUGCACACUAUACUCAAGGGCACAAGUCUGGAAGAAGUCCCAGGGCUCGUGAGGAAGUACGGGUACUUCGGGUGUUACGGCUCCAGUUUCGCAGCCCACGUGUGGAGAAUGCACUUCUAUACAGCGCCAACCUCCACAUGUACGGGUGGCCAAAGUUGUGGUGAGUAAAAGCUUAAACUUAUUUGAUGAAGAGCUUUCGUCGUUAUUCAUGGGUUUAAACUUUGUGCAGGUCCGAAAACUAUGGUAAAAGAUUAUUUUUUUCCAGUUCAGCACUUACGUAGGGUCAAGUGGGGUAAUUGUAAACAUAUUUCGACUUCUUGAGUUAGUUUCAAUCACCAAACAGAUAAAAAUUCAGAUUAAAAAAUGGUGAUUGAAGACUGAAAGUUAAUUUAAAAGCUUUAAGAUAACUUUCUGUCAAUUUUCAAACCAUUUGAAACAUUUUCCAAGUGUUUUACAAGCUGUUUACAUUUACCCCUUCAUGUUUACAAUUGCCCCGCAAUGUGUCCUUUUCAUGAAGUUUACAAUUACUCCAAACACGUAAAAAGUGGUGUAAUUGUAAAUCCCCCCUCAAAAUUCAAGGUGGAUUUCAAAACAUUCUAGAAAAAUAAGAACCCCUUAGUUUAUACCCUUACUACCUGAAAGAAACUUUUUCAGAUUUAAUAAUGGGGUUUAACAUAAGUUACUUUUUUUUGAAGUAUUCCUGAGAUAUGUUCAUUUUAGGAUUCACUUUUUCAAAGACCUUUUUUUGGAGUCACUUAUUACUUUCAGUCAAAACGUAUACUUAACAAAAAUUUUCAAUGCAAUCCAAAAGUUCUUAAGAUGAUUCAAGUGAUGAA